CUUCUCCCAUUGUCGCACUUUUUCAAUUCCACAACGUCACUUGGAGUCACAACAGUUGUAAACCGGAGAAGAAUCAAGCGAAUUUAUUUCGUCCGACUCAGGACGAAGUGACAUAAUUCGAUUCCGUUUAGUUUCAACAACCUGUUAACGUUCUCCUUAUCACUUUAAGAUGUUUUUGACAAGGUCUGAGUACGACAGAGGUGUCAAUACUUUCUCUCCUGAAGGUCGCCUGUUUCAAGUAGAAUAUGCAAUUGAAGCCAUCAAGUUGGGAUCAACUGCUAUUGGAAUUAGUACAGCAGAAGGUGUGGUUCUGGCUGUGGAGAAAAGAAUAACUUCUCCCUUGAUGGAACCCACAACAAUUGAAAAAAUUGUUGAGGUUGAUAAACACAUUGGAUGUGCUGUCAGUGGAUUGAUUGCUGACUCCCGAACAAUGGUUGACCGAGCUCGAAUGGAAUGUCAGAAUCAUUGGUUCUCUUUUAAUGAGAAAAUGUCUGUUGAAUCAGUUGCCCAGGCUGUAUCCAACCUUGCCAUCCAGUUUGGAGACUCAGAUGAUGAUGGUGGAGCAAUGAGCCGUCCGUUUGGGGUAGCUAUCCUCUUUGCUGGCUGUGAUGAGAAAGGGCCCCAGCUAUUCCACAUGGAUCCUUCAGGAACAUUUGUGCAAUUUGAUGCCAAGGCUAUUGGCUCAGGUAGUGAAGGUGCCCAACAAAGUCUCCAAGAACAGUAUCAUAAGUCCAUGACUCUGAAGGAAGCACUUACUGCAUCUCUGACCAUUUUGAAACAAGUCAUGGAAGAAAAGUUGAGUUCGACCAAUGUAGAAGUGGUAACAGUUACGCCUGAAAAAUUCUUCCAUAUGUUCUCAAAGGAAGAGGUUGAAGAAGUCAUCAAGGAUAUAUCAUAAGUAUGGAAAUUGGAUAAAUGUCUGUCAUUGCUGCCUUGCAAAGUGUUUUAAUGGGAAGAUUCAGCAGUUUUCACUUAAUAAUAAAUAAUUUCUAUUGUCA